AUGAAUAGUGAAGCAAUUCCUUCCUCUCUUCCUUCCUCAUCCUCAGUGUCUACAGAAGAAACUCAUCCACUAUCAUUACCAAUAUUUUUAACAUCUUCAUCAUCCUCAUUGAAACCAUUGCGAGAACGUAAUCGGACCAAUCUUAAACGACGUAUAAAUCUAUCACGUAGUCAAGUUUUAAGUAAUGAUUUUGAAAAUGAAGAUAAUCUUUUAACAACUAAAACUAUUGAAAAAAUAACAACUAAUUCUCAACCACCACCACCAUUACCAUCAACGCCAACUAUUCAUUCAUAUAACGAACUUUAUUCUAAAACAGUUAGUCCAAAUACUCCAUCACCUAUCCAUACAACAGUUACAUGUAGUCAAGUAUGGGAAAGAUUAGCUUCAAAUGAAGAACAUCAAAUUUCUACGUCACCAAAAUCAGUGAUACCACCUACAACAUCAAUCUCUGUUUUACCAACACAUAUAUCUUUCACAUAUGAUCCAAGUGAUGAUGAAGAUAAUGAUAAUGAGGAAGGAAAUUUAUCAACGAAUAAUUUUCAACAUUUACCUGUUAGUAGUCAAUCAAAAUUUGUUCAAUUUCAAUUUUUAACAUUUGCUAGACAACAACAUUUAGAUCUGAAUGAUGAUGAGAAUAAAAAUAAUAAUGAAGAAACGGAUACUGACGAUGAAGAUGAUGAUGAUAAUGAUGACGAAGAAAUAAUGCUUGGUGAUAUUAUUCAAGAUUAUGAGCAUGAUGAGCAAGAGAAUCAAACAUCAAAAAAACGUAAACGAUCAGUCUCAGCAACGGAUUCACUCGAUGCUCGUUCAUCUACUCAUGAUGAUAAUAAUGCUGCUUCAUCUUCAACAACAAAACCACCAUGUACAAAAAAGCCUAAAUUUAAAGAUCCUAAUGCCAAUUUUCAACGUUUAAAUAUGCGAAAAAAACAAUUUUCACAUGCAAAAAAACAUCAAUUUGCUAAAGGUAAACGUAAUGCUUUCUAUCGUCGAAUGCGUAAUGCCGGUGGUAGUAAAUAG